GCUCGGCGCUCCCGAGGCGGAAGCCAGCGGAAGGGGGCCUGGACUGCGGGCCGGGUCGGGCCCCGGUCGGGGCCAGGGCGGGGGAGGCGGCGGCGGCGGCGGCGGCGGCGAGUUCGCGCUGACUGGGCUGGUGGGAGAGCCGCCCGGCUCCUGGCGGCGGAGUUCGUGGUGGCAAAGAUUUGGGGCUUAAACAACUUCCAGGGAAGAAGGCCAGUGCAGCUGCUGUUGCAACCCAAGAUUUUGAUUCACAUCCAUAGAUUGAAAUAUUGGUGGGCCAGCCAUCCUCAGACACCUCACUGAGGACAGAUGAGGAAACUGAGGCUUGGUGAAGUUACGAAACUUGUCCAAAGUCACACAGCUUGUAAAGGGCACAGUCAAGAUUCAGAGCCAGCUUGUAAAAAUUAAAAUGAAUAAACUACGGCAAAGUUUUAGGAGAAAGAAAGAUGUUUAUGUUCCAGAGGCCAGUCGUCCGCAUCAGUGGCAGACAGAUGAAGAAGGAGUUCGUACUGGAAAAUGUAGCUUCCCAGUUAAGUACCUUGGGCAUGUAGAAGUUGAUGAAUCAAGAGGAAUGCACAUCUGUGAAGAUGCUGUAAAAAGAUUGAAAGCUGAAAGGAAGUUCUUCAAAGGCUUCUUUGGAAAAACUGGAAAGAAAGCAGUUAAGGCAGUCCUGUGGGUAUCGGCAGAUGGACUCAGAGUUGUGGAUGAAAAAACUAAGGACCUCAUAGUUGACCAGACAAUAGAAAAAGUUUCUUUCUGUGCCCCAGAUAGGAACUUUGAUAGGGCCUUCUCUUACAUAUGUCGUGAUGGCACAACUCGGCGCUGGAUCUGUCACUGCUUCAUGGCUGUCAAGGACACGGGUGAAAGGCUGAGCCACGCAGUGGGCUGUGCUUUUGCAGCCUGUUUAGAACGUAAGCAGAAGCGGGAGAAGGAAUGUGGAGUGACUGCUACUUUCGAUGCCAGUCGGACCACUUUCACAAGAGAAGGAUCAUUCCGUGUCACAACAGCCACUGAGCAAGCAGAAAGAGAGGAGAUUAUGAAACAAAUCCAAGAUGCUAAGAAAGCUGAAACAGAUAAGACAGUUGUUGGUUCAUCAGUGGCCCCUGGCAACACUGCCCCAUCCCCAUCCUCUCCCACCUCUCCCACUUCGGAUGCUACUGCCUCUCUGGAGAUGAACAAUCCUCACGCCAUCCCACGCCGGCACGCACCAAUUGAACAACUUGCUCGCCAAGGCUCUUUCCGAGGAUUUCCUGCUCUUAGCCAGAAGAUGUCACCCUUUAAACGCCAGCUAUCCCUGCGCAUCAAUGAGUUGCCUUCCACUAUGCAGAGGAAGACUGAUUUCCCCAUAAAAAAUGCAGUGCCAGAGGUGGAAGGGGAGGUGGAGAGCAUCAGCUCCCUGUGCUCACAGAUCACCAGUGCCUUCAGCACAGCCUCCGAGGACCCCUUCUCAUCCGCCCCAAUGACCAAGCCAGUGACAGUGGUGGCACCACAGUCUCCUGCCUUUCAAGCUAAUGGCACUGACUCAGCCUUCCAUGUGCUUGCUGCUAAGCCAGCCCAUACUGCUCUAGCACCCGUAGCAAUGCCUGUGCGUGAAACCAACCCUUGGGCCUAUGCCCCUGAUGCUGCUAACAAGGGAAUUGCAGCCACACAUUCGGGGACCGAGUGGGGUCAGUCUUCUGGUGCUGUCUCUCCAGGUCUCUUCCAGGCUGGUCACAGACGCACUCCCUCUGAGGCCGACCGCUGGUUGGAAGAGGUGUCCAAGUGCGUCCGGGCUCAGCAGCCCCAGGCCUCAGCUGCCCCUCUGCAGCCAGUUCUCCAACCUCCUCCACCCAGUGCCAUCUCCCAGCCAGCGCCACCUUUCCAAGGAAAUGCAUUCCUCACCUCUCAGCCUGUGCCAGUGGGUGUGGUCCCACCCCUGCAGCCAGCCUUUGUCCCUGCCCAGUCCUAUCCUGUGGCUAACGGGAUGACCUAUCCAGCCCCUAAUGUGCCUGUGGUGGGCAUCACUCCCUCCCAGAUGGUUGCCAACGUGUUUGGCACUGCAGGCCACCCUCAGGCUACCCAACCCCAUCAGUCUCCCAACCUGGUCAAGCAGCAGACAUUCCCUCAGUACGAGACAAGCAGUGCUACUGCCAGCCCCUUCUUUAAGCCUCCUGCUCAGCACCUCAACGGUUCUGCAGCUUUCAAUGGUGUAGACGAUGGCAGGUUGGCCUCAGGAGACAAGCACACAGAGGUUCCUGCAGGCACCUGCCCAGUGGAUCCUUUCGAAGCCCAGUGGGCCGCAUUAGAAAGCAAGUCCAAGCAGCGUACUAACCCCUCCCCCACCAACCCUUUCUCCAGUGACUUACAGAAGACUUUUGAAAUUGAACUUUAAGCAGUACUUAUGGUUUACGUAUUUUGUCUGUACUUAGGCAAGGGCGGAGGGUGGAGGUCAAAGGAGCAAAGGGGACUUUGUGUUCCCAACCAGUACGCUUUUCACUAAUCCCAAAGGUCCCCAGGAGCAUGUCCAGGCAUAGAGUGCUGAAGGGGUGAUUGACUGAAAAAAGUGGAGAAAACCAUUCCUAGAGAAGAGCUGUCUUGCAGUUAGACUAAAGAAGUUAAGGAAAUGUUACCCUCUGCCCCCCUCUUCCUCCCUCAGCCCCUCACAAAUCUCUGGCAACAGAGAGGCAGAAGUAUCUGAACAGGAACCUGUAUUCAAAGCACAUUUACUGGAAUAUAAAACACAACGGGAAGCAAAACGAUCUCCCUUUGUUUUUCAGGCCAUUCACCUGCCUCCUCUCUCAGUACUGGCCUGUCUUAAAGAUCAAAAACAGGGUGGCCUGUGCUUGGGCUGGGGACAAGAGGCAGGCUGUGCUGCCAGAAUUCCCAGGAGGGCACAUCAGGAGCCGCCCAGCAGAGCUAUAUUUUAGGGGUAAAGUUGAGCUUCCAUUUUGAGUAAGAAUAAAUAUUAUAAAUAUAUAUCAAAAAGCCAAAAUCUUUAUUUUUAUGCAUUUAGAAUAUUUUAAAUAGUUCUCACUAUUAAAAAGUUGUAUGAGUUGUAAGUAAUCUUGCCAAAGGUAAAGGGUUAGCUGUAAGAAAUUGUACAUAAGAUUGAUUUAUCAUUAUGCCUAUUGAAGUAAAAAGAGGAAGGGUUGGAAGUCGCAGACGGGAUCCCUAGCUUACUUGGUAUCAUUUACUGUAAGUAGCACAUUGCAACAACAAUCAUGCUUAUGACCAAUAUAGUCAACUAGGUUGUAGUUUUAAAUAAAGAGCGAGCAGUAUUGUCCUGGUUUUAAACCUAUAAAGAAAUUCUAAUGUCAUUAUUUUAAUGGAAUCAAUCUAAAUAGAGAAUAUGUAUUUUCGUCUAUAUAUUGCUGCAGUUUCCUUAUGUUAAUCCUUUACUUUGUUUUAACACUAAGGUGACAAUGACAUAAUCAUAUCCAUAGACAGGAACACAGGUUACGGUGUUGGUUUGUCGUGUAGGUCUUGGUGGGUUUUGCUUUGUCCUUUAAGUAAGUUUUGUUCCCACGAGUUUUGUGGGGAGGGAGGUUCUAGUUUUAUUAGCACUGCGUGUGCGUGUGCGUGUGGGUGUGUGUGUGUGUCCAUCCCUCUCCCUCGCGGUGAGCAGAACAUCCCAUUUGCCAGUUGCAGCCACUUGACCUCUGGUAACAACAUGAGAUCCCAUCUCAUUUUUACUUUUGAACGUUGGCCUUACAAUCAAAUGUAAGUUAUAUAUAUUUGUACUGAUGAUGAGAAUUUAUAAUCUGCUUUAACAGAAAUAAAUGUUCGUGGUAGAA